AAUAUCUGCUGCACACACAAAAUAAAAAAAAACAGCUUUAGUAAAAAAGCAAAUUCACAGCAGUUUAAGGCUAAAAUAGUUCAAAUAUGCCACUCCCCCCCAGCGCCCACUGCUUGUAAUAUAAAAGAUUCUAAUUUUAAACUUCUAUUACACCCCGUUAACAAUUUGAAAAACAUGAAAAGUUUGAAGAAAGCUGACGGUUUCCACAAAAAAGCGACAUCUUUUUGGGUACUGAAAAUGCAAUUCCCAAAAAAAGAAGGUGAAAGAUGUUUGAUAGUCGUGUUAGGAAUAGGAAGGGAAGUGGGUGCUGAAAUUAAUCUUCGGAAAAUAUAUCCAAGCAAAUGCGAGUUUUUUGGUGCUGAUCCAUUUUCACAAUACAAUAAAAAGCUUUUUGAAAGUGUAAACGGAAUAUUUUUUCGAGCUGCAAUUGGAAUGGAACGAAAAUUAAAAAAAGCGAUACUUUUGACUGAUCUGUUUCCUACACUACUAAACGGAGGUCUUUUCGACGAACUCGACAUGCACGUUUGCCAAAUAAGCAUGGAACUGCAUUUUUCAAUGGGAGAAGAUAACGAUGCUGCCAGCCUCAACUUCCUUCAAGCAGCAGCUAAAAGCAGAAGGUCGUGA